AUGGAGGACUCCAAUGUUAGAAGGCUCCCAAGGCCGGGAGGGCUAGGGGAAGGGGAAGGGAAAUAUAGACAGUCUUUACUCCUCAUUGAAGAUGCUGGUUUCAAGAUUCGAACUUUGGUCACCUAUAAAAGCUCAAAGCUUCUUCUACGUUGCUCGAAGGUUGCCUUCUUUGAUAUCAAAUUGAAUUGCCCUAUGGGAGAAGAUCAGCUAGGGCAGGCUCUGGAAGGAUGUGAUGUGGUCAUCAUUCCUGCUGGUGUGCCCCAAAAACCGGGUAUGAUCCGUGAUGAUCUGUUCAACAUUAAUGCUGGCAUUGUUAAAUCAUAUGCACAGCUAUCGCAAAGUAUUGCCCUCAUGUAA